AUGAAAUUCGAUUUAAUUGCAGUUUUCUGUUUGUUAGCUUUAAUCACAUUGGCUAAAGCCCAGGACGUUAGCUCUUUGAUUUCUAGUGGUACUGUUGCUAGUUCCUCUGGCCCCACUGAUUCCACUGUUCCCACUAGCAGCGAUGUUCCCUCCGGCAGCAUUGUUCCUUCCGGCAGCACUGUCCCUUCCGGCAGCACUGUUCCCACUGACACUACUUCCACCGACAUCACUAUUCCCACCGUAGCCCCCACCGAUACAGCUGUACCAACUGCAUCAGGUUCGACCCCCUCCGCUGCCUCACAUUCGUCAUCUUCAGCCACUUCCUCCGGGGCUCACCCCUCUGGCAGCAACGCCCCCACUUCCGAUGCUAGAAACCUUCGCUCAAGUAUUUUCGCCCUUGGAAUCACAUUGAUUGCUGGAAUGUUGUUGUUCUAA